AUGUAACCGAAAUUGCGCUUCCUUCACUUGUCAAAUACGUUGAAAAACAAAUUCAGCAGGCAAACGAGCUUGUAGCAUUCGGGAAAAAGUAUCGUGGUGCUAAAUAGACAGAAAGUGUACGACACGCAAUUCCGCGAUAACAAGAUAGCGACGAUAACGUACUGUGUUUCAAAUUCCAAACGACUAUCACACGAAGACGAACACACAAGUUGCAGCUGCAGAUGUUCGGCAUGGAUUCCAAAAUUCCCAAACCUUCGUUCCUGAAGAAACCUACCGGGCCGUUAAGUUUGCCUGGUAAUGCUCGCCUGCCGUUAAGCAGAGAUUUGCUGAAUCUUCCAGCGGCAAAUUCCACUAUGUUUGCAAAAGUGCGCGUUGCCUCGCCAGAUCAUAAGAACGCUGGUGGAAUGGUAAACCGUACCAAACUACGCCGCAGCCGAUCGGCGGCAGAGUUAAACAGAACGGAUUUUCAUCGUCCCAAGUACAUCUCUAACCUGGCCCCAGUUUCCUCAAGAACAGUCACUAUUAACGCCAAUACAGUAGCGAUGAUGGCAAGCAGCGAUCUGGUGAAACCUCUAAACGAUACCAACGGUGCAAGAGCGCAUAUCCGAAGAAGUCGUUCCGCCUGCGAUAUUGCGAUGAAAUCGAACCUGUCUUCUGCUUCAUCUACAACUUCAUCAUCAGCUAGCGGGCUAUCAUCGCUGGCAGGGUACAAACGACAGCCACCAACAGUUGGCCUCAACAGCCGGAAUGUUGUACCGGCUAAGGUGCAAAAAAUGACAACUACAAUUCCACCGAGAAUUGCGACCACAGGAUCCACAACCUUGUUUACGAAGCCCUCAUCACAGAAGCCAACCAUUGCUACGUUUGCAUCAAAGAAGGCGGUUCCGCAAAUGAAAAGCACUCUAGGCGUUAAGACGACAGGCAACAGUGGUGGUGCGUUGAAUGCUAAAAAGACCAGCGUGGAUGCUCCGAAAGCGAACGGGUUAGGAACGAAGACGGUUGGAAAAACGAUGAACAAACGUAUACCACCGUAUGACUAUAAAGCACGGUUUGCCAACUUAACCGAAAAGCAUAAAGCAUUGGUUGAGAAGCAUGAUAAAUUGCUGAAGGAACAUGCCAGCCGUGAAGCUUUACAGGAGCUGUACGACGAUUGUACCAGAGAGCUUGCCGAUCUGAAAGAUCAGCAUACCCUGCUACAGGCGGAACUGCGGACGAUUCGCUUGGAUAAUAAAGAACUGAAGCAAAGCAAUCUAACGCUAUCCACUGCCCUUCAACAAACGGAAACGGAAUUGGACAAGUAUAAAGAAAAAUUUACCGUCGCUGAUUUGGAAAAUGUUAACCUCCGAAGGCAACUCAAAGAGCUCGAAGAGCGGUCAGCAUUUCUGGAGGAAGAAAAUCUUACGCUACAAGACGCAAACCAACGUAAUGCGGCAUUGCUGUUUAAUGCAAACAUCGAGCGAAAGGAGCUGCACAACAUGGUUAUGGAUCUGCGGGGCAAUAUUCGCGUAUUUUGUCGCGUGCGGCCUCCAUUGCCUUCGGAAGCAAACAGAAUCGAGUGUGGUUGGAAGUAUCUGGACGAGCAGUCGAUCGAACUUCAGGCCAUGGACGGUACCAACAAGCGGAUGGACUUCAGUUUCGAUCAUGUGUUCCAUCCCCGGACAACGCAACAGGACAUAUUCGACAACGUGUCGCCCCUGAUACAGUCCGCUUUGGAUGGAUACAACGUGUGCAUUUUUGCCUAUGGUCAAACGGGAAGUGGCAAAACAUUUACCAUGGAUGGUGUGCCGGAGAGCUUGGGCGUUAUUCCACGUACAGUCGAUUUGAUUUUCAAUGCAGUUAAUGAUUACAAACGCUUCGGAUGGGAAUAUGAGAUCCGUGUCACAUUCCUUGAGAUUUAUAACGAAAUAUUGUACGAUCUUCUUGACACCUCGGGCACGACGAAAGACCUAGAGAUACGGAUGGCUAAUGCGAAAAACAAAACGGAAGUUUACGUUUCCAACAUCAUCGAAGAGACGGUAGAUUCGACCGGACGAUUGCAUCAGCUGAUGAAUAUAGCAAAGAUGAACCGUGCUACGGCGGCAACCGCUGGCAAUGAGCGUUCCUCGCGGUCACAUGCAGUCACGAAAAUCACAUUGAUCGGUACGCAUCAGGAAAAGUGUGAAACGUGCGUUGGUUCUGUAAAUCUAGUAGAUUUGGCCGGUUCCGAAAGUCCCAAGACAAGUACGCGUAUGGACGAGACGAAAAAUAUCAACCGAUCGCUUAGCGAACUGAGCAACGUUAUAUUGGCCCUGGUGCAGAGGAACGAACACAUCCCGUACCGAAAUUCCAAGCUAACACACCUGCUGAUGCCAAGUUUGGGCGGUAAUUCGAAAACGCUGAUGUUUGUUAACGUGGCACCGUUUCAGGACUGUUUUAUGGAGACGGUCAAAUCGCUUCGGUUUGCCUCGCAGGUCAACUCAUGCAAGAUGCAAAAGGUGAAGAAAAAUAAGGCCCUGAACGGUUCGUCGAUCAUCUAAUGGCAAGUAAAUUUUUGGUAGCAAGACAAAUGAGCAUUGCGGGAUUAUGUUCUUUUAAAUAUUAACCAGCAAAUUAUAUAUCUUUGGCAGACUAACACUAUAAUUAUUGAUACAAAGAAAGUUUAAUUCAAACAGUACAAUUUCGGACUAAUAAGACAAAAGGGGAAAAUAUGUCAAAGUCAAGGAAACAUUUUAUUCGUUCAGUUUAAAUCUAUAAUUUAUAUGCGAUUUAUGACACAAAAACAUGUUGUCGUUGGGCUUCAAUGUUCAUUAACAUUCAGAUUUAGGCAAUAAUGCAAAACAGCGUACAAUAAAUGCAUGUGUUUUU